GGCAGGCGAGGGAGGGACUGUCCUCCCCCGGCGCCCGCGCGGCCGGCGGCAGCAUGAAAAAGAACCCGACGGUGCAGGGCACUUUCAGCAAACUCUUCGGCAAGAAGCAUGCCAACCCGCCCGCCACCUCCCUCUACGCCACCAACCCCCCCUGGAUCUUCACCCAGGAGGCCCCGGAGGAGGGGACCCGGGGCUUCGAUGGGAUCUAUUAUGGAGACAACCGGUUUGACACCGUGAGUGAGUCGGGAACCGCCACGCUGAAAGCUCGGCCAAGGGUCCGGCCCCUGCUCACUUUUCUUCCGCUGGAUGCCCAGGAGAACCAUGGACUGGCUGUACCAACCCCCUGUGUGCCAGACAACUUUGCAGACAAACAAAUGACAGGCACCAGCACGCUCGUCAAUGGCAACCUCCGACUAUACAGCUCUGUGGGGGAUCUGAGGCCUGGACAGUAUGGCCAGGACUUACUCAUCCCCCCACCUCCCCCAGGCCCGGCGCCGGCGCCGCCCCUAGGCACCCUGCAGCCUGCAGAGGAACUCUCACCGCCACCUCCACCCUCCACAGCUCCCCCACCUCCUCCCCUGCUGGUAUCACUGCACCCACCCCCACCCAGCACGGCCCCAGCUCUGCCCCCAGGAAUGGGGGCCCUUUCCCCCGCCCCCACCGUUUCUUCCCCAUCCACACCCACGCCUCCUGACUUCAUUCCACCCGCCCCACCCCAGGCCGUUCAAGCCCCACCUCCACCCCUCAUGCCAACCCCGACACCCCCAGCCCCAGGGUCUCCCCAGACCGCGGGGACCCGCCUCUUCCCCGCUGGAGGUGUCACCAAGUGGAAAUCGGAAGUAACGCUGAAUGGUAGGCAGCCUGACGCCCCCAGAAGCAGCCCCCCCAGGAGCCCUGCUGAGCCCAAGGGGGGCCUCCCGGGUCCUGAGUCCCACCUCACCUUCCCCCGGUCAUUCAAAGUGCCUCCCCCAACCCCAGUCAGGACUUCGUCCAUCUCCAUUCCAGAGGUACAAGGGGCUCCUCCUGAGGACGAAGAGCCCACCAAGAAGGGCCCCAGUCGACCCUCACUGCCUCCCAGCUUCCAGAUCCGCUCCGUGUGCCAGGCCUACCCAGACAGGGCUGCUGAGCUAGCGCAUCCCAAGGAGCCCGGCUCUGUGGCACCGGCUGGCCCGAGGCCGGGCCAGCCUCAGGUCCAGAGCAGUGAACAAGCCGAGACGCCACCUCCAGCCCCUCCCCUGCCCCCUCCUGCACCCCCGCUCCCUCCGCCAGCACCCCCGCUGCCCCCAGCCGCCCCUCCUCUGCCAUCUGCCGAGAAGGCAGCCCCUCCACCUGCUGGGUUGAUGAAAAGACCCAAGGCCAGCUCUCCUGCUCCCAAACCCAAACCUGACCCCCCGAGCCUGGAGGAGACAGCCUCUUCGGAGCCCAUGGACUGGCGGGAUCCCAGCCAGAUGGCAAAGCUGCGGGAUGAGCUGUCAGCCUAUCUUUGCGGCUCCAGGAGAGAGGACCGGUUCGCCAGUCACAGACCAGGUCCAGCGGCAGCCUCUCAGGGAAGGGAGGACCACAAGCGUCCCAGCCUGCCAGCAAAAGAGGCGCCCCCGAGUCUGCUACAGAAGGAGGUGCCCCCAAGCCUGCCAGAGGAGGAGGCCCCCUCAAGCAUUCCUGAGAAGAGUCCCUGCAGCCGACCAAAGAAGGCUGCCACCAGCCUGACCCUUCCUCCUGUGGAUUACCUUCCCCAAGACGUGCCAACUCCUAGCGUCUGGGAGAUCCGGAAGAAGCUGGAGGCCCAGCUUUCCUCAUCAGCUGAGAAGGAGGCCAGGCCCAGCAGAGGCUCUCUGCCUCCCAAACCUCAGCCAGAAGGGGGAAGAAUCUUUGAAAACAGAGUUGAUAACGGCAAAUUCUCCAAGCCUGUGGCCAAGAAUCUGCCACCUCUAUCCACCACCCCUCUGCCAAACACACCACUCCAGUCCAAGGUCACAUCCGGACCAGCCACCCCACCCAAGGCCACGCCUGGACCAGCCACCCCACCCAAGGCCACACCUGGGCCAGCCACACCACCCAAGGCCACGCCCGGACCAGCCACACCACCCAAGGCCACGCCUGGACCAGCCUCACCACCCAAGGCCACACCUGGACCAAUCACACCACCCACGGCCACACCUCUACCCAUCACAUCUUCCCAACUGAUAGCAGAAAAGAACCUGGUCGCAGCUGGGCAGUGGGAGAAGCCAGAACAUGAAGAACUUGCAGUGCCCUCCAAGCCAGAGGUAGAGGGGCACUCCUCAGAGGCCAGUAAGCCUCCUACACAGGGAGCCCACUCAUCUCCAGCCUUCCCCCCAAAGAUAUCACCUGGGCGAGAAGAGGCGCCUUGUUUCUACAAGUCCCAUCGCAGCCAGAACAGCCCCAGCAGAGAGGUGGCUGUGGUGACGCCCACCCUGUCCAGAGGAGAGGCUGCAGGGUCAGGCAAGCCUGUGGAGGGGAAGGAGUCCCAGGAGCUGCCACCCAAGCCCCCAGCCUCACCCCAGGCUGCUGACGAGCUCCUCAGGCACCCGGUGACGGGGGAGGUGGUGGAGCGGGGCUCCCCGAUGGCCCUGCUCCUUGCAGCCAAGCAGAGGGCCCAGAAGGGGAGGCCCAGGGGGGCUGCCCUGGGCCGGUCCUCCCUACCAGGGAGUGUCCGAGGCCCCAGCCAGCCCGAGGCAGGCUCUGAUACCAUCUUGUACAACGAGGGCCAGCCCAACUCCUUCACUGUGGUCCCCAAGGUGUCCAAGGAGACUGGGAAUGUCCCCCAGCUAACCUCGCCAGGACAGCCCAAAGGACUCCGUCAGUGGGAACCCCAGCCCCGCAGGGACCCAGAGGGCACGGAGUCGGGCCGCGGGCCCAGCUGGACAAAGGUGGAGCCCCGGGCCUCGGCGGCCUGGGAGAGACCAGAGCCCUCCAGCCUCCAGGGCCGCCUGCUGCCCAAGUCUUUCUCUUCCCCACCUUCUCCUUCCCACAAACCGGAGGAAGACAAGGAGGAGGAGUUCAACUUUGAGGUCAUCCCGCCACCGCCAGAAUUCAGCAAUGACCCCGAGCCCCCGACAGCCCCCUUGCAGUAUCUGGGGCGCCGGGGUUCCCCUCCCCGGAACAAUUUCUCAGACUUGGGGCAGCCCGCCAACGCCGGCCCACCUCGCAGCUUCUCUCACUUCUCCGCCGAUCCAGGUCCGGCCCGGGGCCUGGAGCGCUUCUCGGGCGGGGGCGGGGGUCGCUCGCUCAUCAAGAAGCGCCUUUACGUCGGGGAGCCUCACCGCAACCCCGGGCCGCCCCGCGGCGGCACCGGCCGCAGCCUGAGCUCCCCCAACUGCUUCGGGCCGCAGCCCGGGGGCCUCUUUGCAGCGCCCAGCGGCCCCGAGAUGCGGCGCGUCAACUCAGCGGGCCGCGGGCCCCCCGGCGGCCUGCACUCGCGGAAGAUGUCCCUGGAGGGCGCCCCUCGCGGAGAGACCAAGUACAAAGCUCUCGGCGGCGGCGGCGACUACGGCUGCGCCCCGGCUACCGGCAGGUCUCCCCACAACAACACGCACUACGGAAGCUCCAUCAACACAUUCACUGUGAGGCCUGGGACCCGCCAUCCCAUCUCCUAUGCCUACUCAGGGGCCCAUUGGAAGGCCCCGUCCUGAGCUCAGGGUUUUCUCAGCUGUCCUUCAAGGGGUCGGAUCUGGGCGCUUGUUUUGGUGGGGUUGGGAGGGAUGCAACUGGUGUUAGGUAGCCUCACUCAGACACAGAAGAGUCUUUGUUUCCCAAAGACAGACAGACGGACAACGAGUGAAGCAGUGCCCCCAGGAAGAUCAGGAUUGGACUUCUGUUUCCCAAAGCCUUGAUGUGGCUGUGGGCCGUCUGCAGAGGAGGGUAGGAGGGAGAAGGAAGGAGAAGAGAAGGAACCUUUAAGGACCCGGAGCCUGAGUUUUCACUGUCUGGGACUAUUUGCCUUAGCAGGGUUUACUGAAAGCAGUUUUCCAAGCAGCCCUGCUGAGCAGGUUCUAAAAGCAAGGGCAGGGGCAUUGGCUCUGAAUGGGAACCCAAUGGGGAACCCAUCAGAAUGGCUGUGGUUACCGGUCAGGUUCUCAUGAGGGGCUGGGGACCAGCCCUGUCUGGGUGGGGGUGCAGGGUGCUACAGGUUGAUCUCAGCUUCCACCCGCCCACCAGUUGCCAAUCCAGAGGUGAUACCUAGAGUUGCUAGUAUGAAAGCCACAUUGAGGUGGGACCAGGAACAUGCAGGCACAAGUUGGGGAGGUACCUGAACAAAGUGCUUUGCAUUGACCAUGAGUGGGGAUGGGGGAAUUGGAGGUUCAUUCCUCCCUGGCCUUGAGCUACAGAAGGGCCUAGAGAGGGAAGACUUGGCAAGUUUGGGAUGGAAGACACAGGGUGGAGGCUUGCUUUACUACUCAGACCCAGGCAGCCAUGAUUUGGGGGGUUGGGGCCAAGGAGCUAGAAAGCCUGGGGCUUGACACCAAAGGCCUUGAGUGAUGGUCAGGUCCUGUAUGGGAUUUGGAGGGGCAUCAUCCCAACCACCCCUCCCAACCCCAGUACUACAGGUCCCCAAUAUUAUCGAGGCCUUGGGAUGUGUAACCAAGAUGCCAGAAGGCCUUGGAGAGUAGAAAGGGACAGAGAUGGGAAUAGAGGUCUAAGAAGAGUUUGCUGCGAGUAGGGACUGUGAUUUGGAAAGUCAAGAGUGCAGGACCAGGCCUGUUCAGAGCAGGGAAACCUGAUCAGUAGGGUGACCAUUUGUUCUUUGGUGGGAAGUCUGGGUUUAGGCCUGCUUUCCAGUGAAUUAGAACCCCUUCCACUUUCAAAAAACAGUCCUGGUGUAGAUGAUGUCUAGCCAUCAGACAUAUCAGGGAACAGUAUUCCUUGGUCCAUCUUGUCUUCAGGUCUUGGUGGGUUGAACUCCUGGGGCCAGGCCAAGGCAGGCUACCUGGGUGAGGGAAUAGGGCAGGGUGCCCGCCUCAGAGGAGCAGGCUGGUGGGGGCACCCAGGAAGCAUUUCCCUUUGGGGGCAUGAUGUUGGACCUCUGUGAUGUGUGCUAACCACUCACAGUACCGGGGUGGGGGGAGCAGAGGACCACUUCAGGGAAAGAGUGCUGGGGUGGGCAGGUGCUCUGAUGGGGCAGGAUCUGGUUAUCUGUGUCUAAAAAGCCAACCGCACCCCAGUGCCAGCACUGGCUCUAUAUAUAUGUAUGUAUUUCCCCCUGUACAAUGUUUUAUACAAGAUUUCACUAAUUUAUCUGCUGUGUUAAGGCUUGAGGGGUGGGAUGUGGACUCCUAGCUGUAUCUUGCUCUGGGGUUGGCAGGGAAGGACUGAUUCUCUCUUGGCUUGGAAAUAAACAGGCCAGUCUGGAUGGCCUCCAGUCCUGUGGCUGCGGAUUGAUGACUGGAACGUACUGGGCUGUGAUGAGAGGUUGGGGAAGUGAACUCAGCUGGGGAAGGCCGAGCACAGGGUGGUGGCUGAACUGGAGCCAUUAUGCUGGGUCUAACUCUCUCUUCUGACCCUUAGGUUUUCUCAUUCUCCAAGUCCUUUCAAGGGGAGGGAGUAGAGCUGAAGUCUCGUGAUAACAGACUGUGCCCCAAAGCAAAUCUCUGAGUCUCUGAACCUCAGUUUCUUCCGUACAAUGGAUAUGAUAACCUACCUCAUGAGGCUGUUGUGACGACUAAAGACAGUCAUUUAACAGGGAUCUGAGUGGCCACAAGAUAGCAGGCACUGUGCUUAGCACCAAUACACAGCCAUCAACAUUCACACGCCUCCUACCCAUGGCAAGACUGUAGUCUCGUGGAGGAGAGAGAAUGGAAGGAAUGCAUAGAAACAGCCUCGAUUGUAAAGAAUGGUAGGGAGGGGAAAAAACAGGGACUAUGAGAAUAACUGGAGGGUGGGGGAGAGGAGUGGAUUGACUUUCACUGCCUGGUCAGGGGGAGGCCUCUUGAAAGGGUGCCGUUUAUGUGAUCCCAGUCAAGCAUCCAACAUAUAUCUGGUACUCAGUAAUUGCUCAAUAAACUGCAUCUUGUGUGUGGCCCUGCA